AUGACAACUGUUGCUAAGAAACGAUCCACGCCAUUCUACUUUGGUGGUGCAGCUUCCUGCGUUGCCGCAGUUGUUGUGCAUCCCUUCGAUCUCACCAAGGUCCGCUUACAAAACAUGAAGGGCCAGGCUCACCAUGGCAUGAUCUCGACCAUGCUCGGCAUUGCAAAGAAGGAAGGUUUCUUGAGACUGUAUGCCGGUCUCUCUGCUAGCUUGUUGCGACAAGCUACCUAUUCCACCGUGCGCUUUGGUGCUUAUGACAAGCUUAAGCAGAAUAUGGCAAGCCGCGUAGAACAGCCUACUGUAUGGCACUUGUUGGCUUGUUCGUCCACUGCUGGAGCAAUGGGUGGUUUCUGUGGCAAUCCCGGUGAUGUUUUGAACGUCCGUAUGCAAAAUGAUGGUCAGCUGCCUCCCGCACAACGACGUAAUUACAGAAAUGCUUUUGAUGGCCUUGUCCGUAUGUCUCGAGAGGAAGGCGUCAAGUCGCUCUUCCGCGGUGUUGGUCCCAAUCUGAACCGUGCCAUCCUGAUGACCUCGUCACAGUGUGUUUCGUACGAUAUGUUCAAGGAUUUGCUACUUAAUUAUACUCCUUUAUCAGACGGUUUAGCUGUCCACUUCACGUCCAGUGUUCUCGCGGGAUUGGUGGCCACGACUGUCUGCUCGCCUGUAGAUGUGAUCAAAACACGUAUCAUGACAGCUGGUGCAGGUGACCGUCAAAUGUCAUCUCUAUCGAUUAUGACGCACAUGUACAAGAGCGAAGGCAUUGCAUCAUUCUUCAAGGGAUGGACUCCUGCCUUUGUCCGCUUGGGACCACAGACCAUCAUCACUUUUGUCGUUUUGGAGCAGUUCAAGAAAUGGCAUGCGGCUUGGUAUGAUGAUAACCGACAACAACGUCUUGCUGCUGCUACUGCUGGUGCUGCUGCGACAAAGUUGUAA